AUGCUUCGUGUUAAUAUAGCGAAACGUUUCUUCUCUGCUUUUCCUAAAGGUCGCAAGAUUGUUAUCGUAGGAGGUGUUGCUGGAGGUGGUAGCGCUGCUGCAAGACUGAAGAGACUUGAUGAAUCUGCAAACAUUACCAUUUUUGAAAAGGGUCCUUACAACGCUUUUGCGAACUGCGGCCUUCCGUUUUACGUUGGUGGCAUCAUUCCCAAAGAGAAGUCGUUGCUCGUGUCGAGUCAGAAGCAAUUCAAAGAUUAUUUUGACGUCGAUGUAAAGACAAACCACGAAGUUAUAAGUAUCGAUCGCAAAAACAAGACUGUAUCUGUCAAAGACGCUUCCGAUAACAUCUCCGUAGUUCCUUACGACAAGCUGAUCCUUUCCCCUGGCUCUCGUCCUUUCAUCCCGGACAUCAACGGUGCGAACGCUCCGGGAGUUUUCCAGUUGCGCGAUAUUCCGGACAGUCGCCAGAUUAAGGCCUGGAUCGAGUCGCGCAACGCCAAGAAGGCGGUGAUCAUCGGCGGAGGCUUCAUCGGUUUGGAGAUGGCCGAGAGCCUCAAAGUGAAAGGCCUGGACGUGACGGUUCUGGAGCGCGCGCCUCACGUGAUGCCCAACCUGGCGGAUGAAUUGGCGACGGUGCUGGAGUCGAAGAUGAAGGAGAAGGGCAUCGCGGUGAACGCGAACAACGGCGUGAAGGAGAUCAUCAGCAAGGAGGACAACUCGCUGGAAGUGGUGUGCAACGACGGCAGCGCGCUUCCCUGCGAUCUGGUGGUGAUGAGCGUGGGCGUGCUGCCCAACAGCGAGCUGGCCAAGGCCGCCGGCUUGGAGCUGGGCGUGAAGGGCUGCAUCAAAGUGGACGACCACAUGCAGACCUCCGACCCCGACAUUUACGCAGUGGGCGACGCCAUCCAGGUCAAGGACUACGUGACCGGGUUCGACACGCACAUCCCGCUGGCCGGUCCCGCGAACCGCCAGGGCCGCAUCGUCGCGGACGUGCUGUGCGGACUGAACAGCUACUACCGCGGCUCGCAGGGCACCAGCGUGUGCGGCAUGUUCGAUCUCUGCGUGGCCAUGACCGGCCAGACGCGCGCGAGUCUGCUGCGAUCGAAGGCGAUGAAUCCGGACGACAUCGGCACGGUGUGCGUGCACUCGCCGAACCACGCGAACUACUACCCCGGAUCGACGCCCAUCCACCUCGAUCUGACGUUCGACCGCCGCACGGGCGCGGUGCUGGGCGCGCAGGCCGUGGGCGUGCAGGGCGUGGACAAGCGCAUCGACGUGAUCUCCUCGUACAUCCACAUGAAGGGAACCGUCACCGAUCUGGUGCAGGCCGAGCUGUGCUAUUCCCCUCCGUACGGCGCGGCGAAGGACAUCGUGAACCUCGCCGGCAUGGUGGCCGAGAACAUCUGCCGCGGCCUGCUGUCGCCGGUGAGCUGGGAACAGUCGUUCAAUGAGGACGUGUUCCGAAUUGACACGCGCGAGACGAGCGUGUGCCAGGCCGAUCCGGUGCCUGGAAUGACCAAUAUCCCGCUCGGAAACAUCCGAGAGAGUCUGAACAAGCUCCCGAAGGACAAGGUCAUCGAUGUGUCGUGCCGUAUUGGACGAACGGCUUAUUACGCUUACAGAAUCCUGGAACAGAACGGAUUCAAGGUCCGUCAUCUGCCUGGAGGAUGGAAUACAUGGAGAUUGCUCCCUAAUAAGGACAAAUUGAAGUAA